ACAUUCGUCUUUGAGAUGCUGUGGCGAGGUAUGCAGGUGGAUUAUACGGUCAAGAAACUUUCCGUGUUACCGGCCCCACCUCAUGUUUGCUCCUAUGAGACCCGGCAUUCAGAGACAUCACUGGGUUGCUCGCGAGUUGGAACGGGAAGUUGUCCAGUGAAAAGGACGCUUUGUCCACUAUCGAUCAAGUGGAAUUGGACAGUCAUGUCGGCUAUGGCGGAGAAAGGCAAAGAUGCCGAGUCGAUGCAGGAACUUGGACAUCAAUCUGAUGAGGUGAAAUCGGGAAUAAGCAACACGUAUGCAACAAUUCUCACCAAGUUCUGGUACGUGGUUUGCAUCAUUGUCUUCGCAAUGAUGGCAGCGUAUGGCACGAUCGCAUUUACUCUCUACCGACUACCAGACUUCUCUGAUCCAGUCAAGGGUUUUGAUGCUCGAGGCACCGAUAUUGCAGCACGUCUUAGAAGUCUCACCAACAUGCUGUAUUAUUCCGAUGAUUACCUCAGCCAGCAAGUCAUAAACCUUGCAUCAAUCAGCGAUGAGGUUGUGACUAGACCUCAGAUAAGUUGUCACUAUCCUGAGCAGCAGGCUGGAGACAAGGAAUCUGAACCUGGUAUCUGGUUUGCUGCUUCUCUUUGGGACUGGGAUGAGCAAGUUGCCAAGGUGAUAUUUGAGGGAGUUGAUGGAAAAGACAUGCUCUCAGCAUCAAGUCUGAAGUCAGUUUGCUAUGCAGAAACUAACCUCAUCACGUCACAUCCUAUGUACCAGUCUAACUGCCUCUGUCAUGACGUAGGGCACUGCUCAAGUACUUGGUCGCUUGGAAACUACGUUGCAUUACUGUCCAACAAAUCCUCAUGCCAAAAUAUUACCGACCAUGACGUUGACAACGUCGUAACGUUGUUGAAACAAUGUGCACCAGUCUUCCAUAAUCGCACCCGUUCAGAGCUACAGGAUUCUGAUGACAUCACAAACAUACCUACGGAAUGCACUCAACACGACUACGCCAUUCACACGAUGCUGUUUUUUCUCCUACCGUCGGAUUUCAGUGAAAGCAUCUUGAGAACUGAGACGCCCAAGGCAGAAGUGGCGGCCAUCUUUUUCCCUCUACUGUUAUAUGAAGAAUCUGCCCUCCAGACCAUCUACACAGACAAUCUUCAGAGAUGCUCAUGCUCAGACGGCAUCACGGAACUUAAAGCGGUCGACUUCUCUCUUAAGUUCACCAUAUUUUCAAGUCUCCUACUUGCUGACUCAAUUUUCUUGGGAAUCGGUAUCGCAGUGGUAUUUGUUCUCAUCUGGACUUACACUGGUUCCCUGGUUUUUACCACGGCAGCGCUCCUCAACAUUUUGUUUUCGCUACUCAUGGCGUACUUUUUUUUCACCGUGGUUUUCGCCAGACCAUUCUUCCCCUUCAGCAACGUCUUGGCAGCAGUUCUCAUCAUCGGCAUUGGAGCAGACGAUGCCUUCGUCUUCAUCGAUCUCUGGAACAAGUGCAAGAUGGAAACUGGCGGCAAAGAUCUCGUGGCACUCACCCGGGAAACUUUACGUCAUGCCACGACGACCAUGUUUGUGACGAGUUUUACCACUGCGGCGGCGCUGUUCGCCAGUGUCAUAUCCGACAUCACGGCUGUCAAGUGUUUCGGUGUUUUCGCCGGGACAGCAAUCUUAAUGAAUCUAGUUUUAACCAUCACACUGACCCCUGCAAUCGUUGUCCUUGAUCAUAAACUGACCCGUCUGACUUGCCGGAGGACAUCUAAAGGCAAGAAGGAAACUAGUAACCAUGACAACCGCUCUGAGACCCAUGACUCCUGCCGACAGCGUUUGAUCAAAAUUGUGAAGAGCUUCUUUGAAAAGACUUUGCCCUCCUUUGUCUUGAGACUGAGAUACAUCUGGAUCGUCUUUUUCUUUUUGCUUGGGGUAGGAGGAGCAGUCGUCAUAUUUUACAGGCCCGGCGUGCGUCUACCAAGCGUUGCAGAAAAUCAGUUUCUUAUCCUCUCACACCAGUUCGAACAGUAUGACUUCAUUUAUAAGGACCAGUUUGCUUUUGCCAACAAGAACAAACCUUACGUUCCUGGUUACGUCGUGUGGGGCGUCGAGGCGGUCGAUAACGGCAACUUGUGGGACCCCGAUGACUGGGGAACCUUUAGUCCCCGUCAAGACUUUGUUUUCUCGAGUCCAUUAGAUCAGCAGUGGCUGAUGGAUUUUUGUCAAGAUUUGCGAAAUCAGACCUUCUUUAAAUCGGAUGCGCCCUACGACUGUUUCAUAGAGCGUAUGGAAGCACUCAUGGAACAGCCAUGUGUGGUCAAUCCUGUCACAGGCCAAGAUGCAUCGCCCUGUUGUGGCCAGUCGUCUUUUCCAUAUCCUUCCUCCGUCUUUGAUGUUUGCUUGAGUCGAUUCCACGACUUGGGUUACAUCCCUAGUUUAAGAUUCAGCAAAGACAAUUCCUCGCUUGCUGUUGUCACAAUUCCUUUUACAAUGUCUUACAGGCAGAGCUUGUCUUACGCCCUCAACGACGAGCUUUGGACAUCAGCCAGUACCUGGGUAGAUUCCAAAGUAAAAUCUGCACCAACGCACCUGCGGCACGGAUGGUUCGUGCCGUACACCACGGACAUAGGCUUUUAUGAUCUGCAGAGGAGUUUGGCAUCAGGUACAAUAUUUUCCAUGCUAGUAACUCUCGGCAUAGGAUCCGUUAUUCUUCUUUUUGCAAUCCAGAAUAUCAUUUUAACUGUAAAUGCAAUGAUCACAAUCACAAGCACAGUUUUCGUCACUGUUGGCGCUUUAGUCCUGCUCGGCUGGGAGUUGAACAUCGUAGAAUCCACCGUGAUCACGCUGUCUGUGGGUUUGUCCGUAGACUUUACCAUCCACUAUGGCGUCGCCUACCGGCUGGCUCCGCAUUACGAUCGUAAGAGUCGUAGCCGGUAUUCGCUGGCCACCAUGUCCGGUGCUAUAUCCAUUGCAGCCUUUUCCACCUUCAUCGCUGGUGCCCUGGUCAUGCCAGCGACAGUCUACGGCUACACGCAGUUUGGUAUCUUUCUCAUGAUCGUCAUGACUCUGAGUUGGGCCUACAGCACUUUCUUCUUCCAAUCUCUUUGUUUUACUGUGGGUCCCCAGAAUAACUUUGGUAACAUACCUUGUUCGUCGUGCUGUGACUGUUUUGGUUACAAUAACGGUCCAACAACUCCAGUUGCUGACAGUAGACCUCUCAAACAAACUCAAGACGUGCCUGUAAAUGAUCCAGCUUUCGCAAGGAAUGUAAGCACCAUAAGCAGUGGUCGGUUUCUACCGAUUCACUAUCCUGACCAUGCUUAUUUACGUCCGGAUUUAAAACGGGAGGGGUACGGCAGCAAAGCUAGUUUACCAAAUGGGUACGCGCCAGGGAGAAGUAGGCUUUCUUUAUCAUCAAAUCAUCUCAGAAAUCCAACGCUUUAUCCUCAUAACUACUCUUCAGCCUCGUACCCAAAGCGGUACUCGUUAGACUAUAAUGACAAUCAGUUCAGACAUUCUGAGGUACAUUAUAAUCCAGUGUACCAUAUGCGUUAGUAUAUCCUUCGAUACAUCUCCACAAGUAUACGAUCGUAUUAUUAUAGUACCAAUGAGGUCAUACCAAUAAUAUUUACUGUCUCUUUUUAAAAUGUUACUUUGGUGAAAUUUAUUUACUUAUAGCAUCCAAUGCCGUUUAUUUGUUUAUAAAUUUGUUUACUGUAGUUUCAUUUGUAUAGUUUUGAGAUGGAGAAUGUCUCUAGCUUGUUGGUACAUUUUAAGUUGUGCUUGACUAUCUGAAUGAUAAUCUCCAAUAUUUCUAGACUAAUUUCAAAGAAUUCAACACGACUUUUUCAUGUAUAUUUUUAAGAAAAAAACCCAAUUAGUUCAUGGGUUGAACGACGAUCCUUGAUUUAUCUUGUUCCAUACCUUGAACUGCUCUGUCUCUUUAGAAAUUAUUGAGGUCUUUGCUUUAAACAUAAAAUUCCUUAAAAGUCCGCAGACAAACUUUGCUUUACUGAAACUGUACCAAUAUCCCUUUUCUUACACUUUUGUUGAGAGUCGGUUAAUUUGAGGAUGUUUUCUAAGUUUCAGGGAACUUUCAGCGUUUUACAACAAGAGAAAAUUUUAAAUCAGUUUUUCCUUUUAGAUUACACAGAUUUUUUUAAACUACUAGCCGCGGUUGUAUAUGCAUGCAGUAUUUCGAUUAUGUACUUUGGUUUAAAAUCAAUCGUUGUAGUUAUUAAUUCUUAGAUUGUAACUAAUUUGGAUGGUUUAACCGAUAAAAUGUUUUCAAUAGAGAAUAAAGACUGUCACCUGGUUAAAUGACCAGGA